GCUUGGCCCGGAUUCCGCCGUGCCCAUGCUAGGAGGCUCGUGGUGUGACAGUUCGCAUCGACAGUUCGCAUACCGCCAUCCCCCUCUCUCGCAUCAUGCGUAUAAAGAUCCCACCAUGCAGCCAUUCUCGGAUCGGAUGGGAGAGUGGCCACGAGCACGGCAGCCAUCUACAAAUACAUUGUUCCAGGCGGAAAAGGUUAGCUGCACUGCCAUCCACCUCUUCCUCCCUCGACCAAAGACCACACCCUGGUCCUACUCUAUCACCAUUCAAAUGGAUAACAACGGGGAUUCCCACGCUGCCCGGGGCCAAGAGGUCAGACCCGCCACACGCGCAGGAGAGAACCAACACAGCGCAAGAGGCCAAGAAAGUCCGGCCACAGCCCAGCAUUUCGCAGACUCCGACGCAACACACUCGGCUCAAGACAACGACGAGCCUCGCCUUCCUGAGCGACCCCAUGGCCACCAAGCCGGCUACGACCAGGAGGCGGGGCUCGGCGCCCACGGCUCCUCGGACGGCUGCCGCAUCACCAGCCCGGCCAUCGCCGCGUGGCUCAACCAAGGCAUCAAGGACGACCCUUACCACACCCUCCAGUCCGACACUGAUGCGCCUUGGGUCGAGUGGCCGGCGGAGCCUGUGCCUGUCGACGGCAACACCCCGGACCAGUGGAGCGUGGCGGCUGCGGCUGGGGACCCCGACCCAGAGGAGGGGGGACGCCGGCGCCGCCUUGGCGCGAGGAGGCGCGGGGGAGGCAGGCGGGACGCUCGCCGCGAGUGA